AUGGAAAAUAAAAUUCUUUCAAAUGUAUUUGGUACUAUAGGUACUGUACUUUGGUCAGUACAAUUAAUACCACAAAUUCAUUUAAAUUACAAAAGGAAAUCAACAAAAGGUGUAUCACCAGUCUGUUUCGGCUGUUGGUAUGCUUGCGGUUUAGUUUUAGGAACAAAUUUAAUAUACAAUAGCGAACCACCAGCUCUUUUUAUUCAAAUCACUUUAUUCUCUAUUUUUGCUUUAGCAAUUGUAUUUCAACAUUUAUAUUACCAAAAGAGGUAUAAUAGAAAAAGAUUAUCAUUUACAUUCGUAUUAGUUAUUUUAGUAUCUGUCGCAUUAGUUAUAUCAAUUUAUUCAAUUUUAAAUGCAGAUCGUACAAAUAAAUUUGUUGUAGAGCUAUUAUUAUGUAUCAUUUCAACUGGGUUAAUGGCGGUUGGUUUCUUUCCACAGGUAGCCGAGGUUUGGGAAGAAAAAGUUGGUCUAAGUAAAAUAUUUGUAGUUAUGGAUUUCUUUGGAGGUGUAUUUUCAAUUCUUAGUUUAGCAUUCCACGUUCCAUUUGACUAUAUGUCAUUUUCAACCUAUGUAGUCGUACCAAUUUGUCAAGUGAUUAUAUUUAUUUUAAUCAUUAGAGUAACAUUAAAAGCUCGUUCAGAAAGUUCAAAAGGUGUCUCAACCUCAUUUGUACCAUUUAUUAGUGAAGGUGAAAUUUCAAUCGAUAUGGAUAUUAAGAGUAGUAAUGUUGAAAACGAUAAUAACAAUAACGAUAAUAAUAAUAACACUAGCAUUAAUAUUAGCGAAAAUGACGAACAUCAAGGUGACAGCAUUUUACAUACCCCCAUUUUAGAAAAAUAUGGCGAUGAUGAGGAAAAUGAUAAAUCACCAUUAAGACCAUUAAAUGCUUCAUUUAAUUCAAUCCAUAACAACUUUAAAGAAUCUGGUGGUGUAAUUAGAGAGUCUCAGGUUAUUCCAUCAUCAACAUUAUUAAAUCAGUCAACCAUUAGUCUUCAUAAAUCACCACUUUCUAACUCCUCAUCUACCACUGUGCAAUCACCACUCCUACAACGUCAAGAAUUUGAUCAUAUCAAUCCAUUAUCAAUUGCCCAUACAACCGAGCUUUUGAUUAAGCAACAACAACAACAAGCUUUGGCUCAGCAACAAGCAAUAAUUGAAAACUCGAUAAACCAAUUAAGGAGUACAAUAAAUAAUGAAACAAAUACUGAAGAUAAUGAUGGUUUCCAUGGUUAUCCAGUUUCAUAAAUAAUAAUUAAAAUUAAAUAAUAAAAAUAAUAAAAAUAAUAAAAAUAAUAAAAAUAAUAAAAAUAGAAUACCAAAACAAAAAUAAAAAUAAAAAUGCUAUAUAUAAAUUAUAUAUUAAAAACUU